CGUGGUAUGGUGGCGGCCUCCUCCACCUCCUCCUCCGCCUUCUCCUCUUUCUCUCUCUUGCCGUCCUGGAACGGGGUAUAAGCGAGAACGGAGAGGAGCAGUUCUCCGCGCAGUGGUGGGGAGGGAGACGAGGCGAGUGAGUGAGUGAAGGAGUGAGAGAGAUGCAUAUGUAUGUAUAUGUACACAUACGCGUGUAGAUCUGUGUGUGUGUGGAAUGAUUCGAGCCUGCGGGACACGCUUGCACCUCGAUGAUCCGCACCGCCGCCGCCGUCGCUGGCCGCAGCAGCCACCGUCAGUGAAAAUCGCGUCAACGCACGCACGCACGACGUACGCACACAGCAAGAGCUUGGGUUUACCAUGGGCACGUUACUGGCUAUAAAAGAGAUCGUACAAUAUUCUCCUAAGCCUGAAAUGGGGACGAGGAGUCUUUCAGCGUAGACAUGGACUACGAUCUGUUUGGUGAAGAUGUCAGUGGCUCGAUGCUCGAGGCUCUUCCUGAUCUCGGAGGGAACGAUCACUUCGAUCCUGCGCCUGCGAAUAAUUCCGUAGCGGUGUCCAGAGACGGUCUGAAUUCUGGCCCUAAUGGAGGAGGGAGUUACAUUAGCCAAUCCUAUAACAUUUCUCAAGAAUCUCCAAUACAAAAAUUAACCUCAUUCGGCGGAUCUGAAUUUGGUGGCUCGAAUCACGUGCAAAAUCCGUCACAGCGCAGCAUGUUCAACCAAAAUCUCGGUACGUUCGAUAAUAGCGCCACCCCUCAGCGUGCUAUGGUGCCGGGGGCGUUUCAAAAUCAGACUCGCAACAUUGCACCGCAGCAGCACAGGGGACCUCAUCCGGGUAGCGCUGGUCAGUAUCCUAGCUACAAUGACAAUAUGUAUUCUAUGGAGCAGCAACACUCGAUGGCUAGAGCCAACAUGAGUAUGGAUCCCAGCCAACAAGGUUGGCCGGGUAACGGAAGUGGUUAUCCACAAAUGCAGAGGCAUUACAAUCAGAUGGCUCCGCAGCCUGCCACGUACAGGCAACACAUGCCGCCACAGUAUUCUCAUCAGCAAGAUCAAGCUGGCGUUAUCAAUCAAAAGAUGCAGCAGCAGCAGCAGCAGCAGCAGCAACAACAACAGCAGCAGCAGCAGCAGCAGCAGCAUUUUGGUCAACAGGGGAUGAUUGGCAACAUGGGAGUUUUGCAUCAAUCGAUGCAACCCGGCGCGACUGCCGGUGUCUAUCAGCACAUGGUUGGGCAGCAGCAACAUUAUCAGCAAGGCAAUUCGGUAGCGGCGAUGUAUCAAACGUCUCCCGGUUAUCCUGGUUUUGCUUCGGCGAUUCAUCAGCAGCAGCAGGCCCAACAACCACCUCAGGCGAGAAUGCCGCAUCAUCACCCGCCGCACCCGACUCAUCAACCGCAUCCGUCUCAUCCUCAACAAUAUCCGCAGCAUACUCCUCAACACCCGAACGCGCAGCAACAACCGACGAUGGAUCCUCAGUAUCCCCAUCAUGCCACAUCGAUGUUUAAUCAGCCACAACAUUCGGCGCCACCGCAGCAACAGUUUGGCACAGCACCGGCUAAGCACGCGACGAGUCCACAGUAUCGCGCUGCAUUUCCGCAGUUAUCGCCACAAAUGUCGCCGCGACCGCAGAUGUCUCCGCGUCCGCCGGCGGUACAACAGCAGAUGUCACCCCGACCUAUCAUGUCGCCCGCCAAACCCACUACGUUGUCGCCGCAUCCUCACGUUCAGCUUCCUCAUCAGCAGGGCAAUCAGGCUAACGCAAUGUCGGUGUCACCGUGUCCGCCCACACCUAUGCAAAUGAAUCCAUCAUCGCAGCAACAGCAGACUACUUUGCAGGCUCUCGAACAGAUGGUGAUGCCGGGAGUCGCCGUGUCGAACUCCAGCGUUCCCGCUCCGGAUCAGUAUAAUCAGUUCCAAACACGUCCGCCAAUGUCGCAGACACCGAGUGUUCUGCCGCAGCAACCGCCGCCGCAGAGUCCGAUGCCAGGUCAAGUUACGGGACCCAGAAUGCCGAUGCCCGCUCAAUGGCAAUCGCACCCGCAACAGCAACAACAACAGCAGCAACCGCAACAGUCGCAAAUUAGGCCAAGUAUCGGUGUCAACGAAGAAAGAGGUGGCAUAGUGGAGCAGCCUCAGCAGGCGCCGAUAGUAUCCGAGCAGAGUGCUCCGAUGUUCCCCGUCGCUGGACCGGAGACUACUGUUCAUAACGUUGUAGAAACAGCGACAACGACGAGCACAACGACAACGAGAGAGCCGACGACGACGACGACGACGGAAAACGUCGUACAGAACCCGAUUGAAACCCCGAAACAACCAGAACCCGAGCCUUCUUUGCAUCAGAGCGCUCAGCAGAAUCAGCAACCGGACGCAACGGUGCAACUCGGUCCAUCGCAAGUAGAUACAUCGGCACAAAAUAAUUCGCAGAGCAAUUUACCCUUAGAUCAUACAUCUACGGUAGGAAAUAUACCUACAUCGACGAGUAUAUCUUCAAUUGAAACGGUGCAGUCUCUUCCUGCGUCCAGCACGAGUGGCAAUGUGGAGUGCACAAAUGUGACCACGUCAUUACAACAACAGCAGCAGCAACAACAAGCAGUUGCUGCACCGAUUCAAAAUCCCGUUUCUAGUAUUGAGAAUCAGAGUGUAUGCGAAACGAAACCACAAGAACAAAGUAUGGAAGUGCAUCAACCGUCAUUGAAUAGUACCACGCAUCCGCAACAAGCUAUAGGACAGCAACCGCAACAUACUCAACAACAACCUAUCAAUUGUCCUCUACAGCAGCCAGUGCAGCAACCGGUACAGCAAUCGGUGCAGCAACCAGUGCAACAGCUUCACAUGGCUCAGUCACAGAUAGUCCAGCCUCAGUCAACGAUACCGCCUCCUCAGCCGCAAUUACAAUCACCACAACAGUCUCAGAUGAAUCAGUCACAACCUGUUCAAAUAAACCAGCAAUUGCAACCACAGCAGCAAAUACCUCAAUCGCAGCCACCACAACAACAGCAACAGCAAUUGCAACAAAUUGCGCCCACUCAACAGCCGCAAAUUCCUCAGUCCCAACAACCCGUAUUGAGCCAAGCACAGCCGGUACAGCCUCAACAAAUUCCGCCAGCGCCUCAGCCCCAAUUGGGACCAGCACAGCCUCAAUUAGGACAAGCACCGCCUCAAUUGGGACAACCGCAGCCUCAAUUAGGGCAACCGCAGUCUCAACUGGGACAGCCGCAAGCACAAUUAGCGCAACCGCAGCCACAGUUAGCGCAAUCAGUGCCUCAGCAGGGCCCAACUUGCGUUACGCAGCAGGCGCAAUCGACGACGGCGACACCGCCACAGACGCAGCCAUCUCAUAUACAACCUCAGCAGGUUGGAAUGAUGCCGCAGGGAGCCGCGCUGAUACCACCUCAGAUACCGCCGCAAAUGCAAACGCAGCCGAUACAAAAUCCAACGUCCCAGAUGCAGAAUCAGAACGCUCAGGUGCCGCCCGGUCAUUUAAACGCACAACAGAUACCCGCAGUCAGUCAAACUACCAGUAUGGUGUUACCGCCGCAUCAAACUGCAGUUCCCGUGCCAAAUUCACAAACUCCACAUCAGUACCAUCCUGGGGGCGACAUGAUCACCGGUAACACAAUGCCGAACAUGUACAGCAUGCCGAGUAAUCCUACACAAACUCCGGUCGCAGCUGGCGGUUUCGGCACGUCUUGUGCGCCGCUUACGCAUCAUCAAGAGCGAGCUGCGUUACAACAGCAGUUGCAGGAAUUGUACUGCAUGCCGCCGGCACCGGAAAAUCAGGAAAAGAUUGUCGCCUUGCAAGAGAAGUUGCAGGCGUUGCAGCAGCACGAGACAAAUGAUCAAUGUAACGGUGGUCCGCAGUGUAUACUACAAACACCGAUGUUUACAGCUGCUGUAGUUGAUAGUCCACAGGUCUCCAGUACUACCGGCCGCGGUCGCAGUAAAGGUACGCCGCGAACAAAGAAAAGUCGUAAAAAAGCAGAUAAAGAGGCAUCUGCGCCUACCACUGCCACUCAGCAACCUGAGCAACCUUUAUCGGACAAUAAAGUCACUCCAGGUGAUAGCAGCAAUAUAGUAGACAGUGCUGCAGAUUCGGAAGAUAUUAAGCCGUCUUCCGGGGAUAUGGAGGAAGAAUGGAAUAAGGGUAGAAAAUCACGAUCGCCUCGAAAACCACGCAAACCGAAGGAACCUAAAGAGCCCAAAGAGCCGAAACCUAAGAAGGAACCAAAACCACCCAAGGAACCGAAAUCGCCAAAAGUGGCGAGAAAGAGGAAUAAGGAUAAAGACAAAGACAAAGAAUCCACAAAGCGUAACAGGAAAAAAACUAACCAAUCUGAGUCCGCUGAUGAUGAAGUCGUACGCGAAAACGAAGAAACUACCGUUACGGAUUCCAGUGCCGUUAAGGACGCCGAGACGAAGGUCUGUGAAUCGUCCAUACAGGGUGAUCAGGAGCAAGUGGAUUCUUCCACCAAUGAACCUUUAUUAUCCGACGUAAAGGAAGAAGGCAAGGAGAAAACUGGGACGGAGGAUGUUACGGAAGGAGAAAAGAAAGAGGAAAACUCAGAAGCGACUACUGCAACCACUGAAAAUUCGAGCGGCGGUAAAAAGAAAUCUGCAGCUAGGAAACGAUCGAGUACCGGCAAAUCAUCUGGAGGGAAAAGUUCUAGAAGUUCUAAAAAACGCAAGAGUCGCAUUGCUCCUGAUUCUGACGGCGAGGAACUAGCGGCAACGCCUCCGCCAUCACCGGAAGCUGGUGACGAUGUAAAUAAGCGGCGUUCCGCAAGAAACACUCAUCGCAAGAAGUACGUAGACGACGUGAUGUUACGAUUCUCUGACGAUGAUGUUCCUAUGCAAGAAGCUCAACUCUCGAAAAAAGUGGAAGGUGCAAACGCUUCAAAGCCUGCUGCCGCUAAGAAGGAAGGUGGUGAGGGCGGCGAAGUCGGGCCUAACAAACCCAACUUCGUAUACAUUAACACUACGGAUGAGGAUUCUAUGGUUGUGCAACAUAUUUUAUGCUCUCGAAUGGGAAAGAGAGAAGUUAAGCCCGUGAUACCCAAGGUAGAAGCGUCUCCGGAAAAGAAUGGAGACGCGGAUAAAGAAGAAUCUGCUGAGAACAAAGAUGCGACAUCUGAUGAUUCCGUGAAAAAAGAAAGUACGGAAGAUACCGAGCAAGAAGCGAAGACUGAAGAUGCAACCGAAAUUGAAGAAAAGAGUGAAACUGAUGGGGUGAAAAAGGAGGAUGCAAAGAAACCGGAAGAACCUCCUACGGAUUCAAAACCAGCCGUUGUCGAGGCUACCGCUGUUGUCGAGACGAAGCCACAGUUUAUCGAAGUAGAGGAAUAUUUUGUUAAAUAUCGAAAUUUUUCGUAUUUGCAUUGCGAGUGGAGAACGGAAGAGGAAAUGUAUAAAGGAGAUAAGCGUAUCCAAGCUAAACUGAAAAGAUUCAAGCAGAAGCAACAACAAAACACCAAUAUUUUCGAAAAUCCCGAAGAUGAUCCCUUCAAUCCAGAUUUUGUCGAAGUUGAUCGGGUCUUAGAUGAAGCAACUCACACAGAUCCGACUACUGGAGAAACGGUUCGACACUUCUUGGUCAAAUGGCGAUCUCUGCAGUACGAAGACUCUACUUGGGAAUUAGAAGAAGACGUUGAUCCCGAGAAAAUAGCCCAAUUCGUAAAAUUCAAUAAGGUGCCCCCAAAGGAACAGUGGAAGCCGAAAAAAAAGCCGAAUGCUACAGCCUGGGUGAAGUUAGAAGAAUCACCAGUUUACAAGAAUAAUAACAUUUUAAGACCAUAUCAAUUGGAAGGGUUGAACUGGCUGCUAUUUUCAUGGUACAACGGACACAAUUGUAUUCUCGCCGAUGAGAUGGGCUUGGGAAAGACGAUUCAGUCUCUGACAUUCGUGGAUGCGGUCUACAAGUACGGAAUUCGCGGACCAUUCUUGAUCAUAGCUCCGUUGUCGACCAUUCCAAAUUGGCAGCGAGAAUUUGAAAGCUGGACCGACAUGAACGUCGUGGUAUAUCACGGAUCUGCGGCGAGUCGUACCAUGCUUCAGGAAUACGAAGUUUAUUACAAGAACGAAAAGGGACAGCAAAUCAAAGAUUUAGUAAAAUUCAACGUGUUGAUAACGACGUUUGAGAUCAUUAUAACAGACUUUAAUGAGCUACGUGGAUACAAUUGGAGACUCUGCGUCAUAGACGAAGCUCAUCGAUUAAAGAACCGAAAUUGUAAGCUUCUCGAAGGUCUCAGACAAUUGAACCUGGAGCACAGAGUACUUUUGUCGGGUACACCGUUGCAAAAUAACGUUAACGAGCUAUUUUCUUUGUUGAAUUUCCUCGAACCGCAACAGUUUGCGAGUAACGAAGCAUUCCUGAAGGAAUUCGGUAAUCUGAGCAGCGAAGGCGAAGUGCAAAAGCUGCAACUUCUCUUGAAACCGAUGAUGCUACGUCGUUUGAAGGAAGAUGUAGAGAAAUCGCUGGCGCCAAAGGAGGAGACCGUCGUCGAGGUGGAACUGACUAACAUACAAAAGAAGUAUUACCGCGGCAUUCUCGAGAGAAACUUCUCGUUUCUCGCGAAGGGCACCACGUCGGCCAACAUUCCGAAUCUCAUGAACACGAUGAUGGAAUUGAGGAAGUGUUGCAUCCAUCCGUUCCUGUUAAAUGGUGCCGAGGAUCAGAUACAGUUGGAUUACAAGACCGGCGAGAAAGAAGAUUCCGAGGCGUAUUUUCACGCCCUGGUGAACAGCUCCGGAAAGAUGGUCCUGAUCGACAAGUUGCUGCCGAAACUGAAAGCCAGUGGUCAUCGAGUCUUGGUAUUUAGCCAGAUGGUCAAGUGUCUGGAUCUACUCGAAGAUUAUCUGUUGUAUAAAAAGUAUCCGUACGAAAGAAUUGACGGUCGAAUUCGUGGAAAUCUGCGACAGGCCGCAAUCGAUCGUUACAGUAAACCCGAUUCGGAUCGGUUUGUCUUCUUGCUCUGCACUAAAGCAGGUGGACUCGGCAUUAAUCUAACUGCAGCUGACACAGUCAUCAUUUACGACAGCGAUUGGAAUCCGCAGAAUGAUUUACAGGCUCAAGCUCGUUGUCAUCGAAUUGGGCAGCAGAAGAUGGUCAAAGUGUAUCGUUUGCUCUGCCGCAACACAUACGAGCGAGAAAUGUUCGACAAGGCAUCUCUGAAGUUGGGGCUCGAUAAAGCGAUCCUGCAAUCCAUGAAUACCAGUCAAGGUGGUAAAGAUCCCAGCAAUAAACAGUUGACAAAGAAGGAAAUAGAAGAUCUACUGAAGAAGGGCGCUUACGGCGCUAUCAUGGAUGAUGACAAUGCAGGCGAUAAGUUCUGCGAGGAGGAUAUUGAACAGAUACUUGAGCGAAGAACUCAGAUUAUUACUAUAGAAGCAGAAAAGGGCUCGACGUUUUCGAAGGCGAGCUUCGCAUGCUCGUCGAACCGGUCGGACAUCAACAUAGAUGAUCCCGAUUUCUGGAAGAAAUGGGCGAAGAAGGCAGAGAUUGAUACUACGGAGAAGAAGGAGGAGGACGAGCUGGUGAUAUCCGAACCCCGGCGAAGGACGCAAAUUAAGCGUUACGGUCACGACGAGUCGGUGGUUGAUAUGUCCGAAUUAGACAGCUCGGACGAGAACAGCGAUGACGACACGAGCAUCGGCCUGUCCGGCAGGAGCAAGAAACGGCGCGACAAGUUCGGCAAGAAGACGCGCAAGUUUUAUGACGAGUACGUGCCGCGCGAAGGCGAGGUGGUGUACGGCAGUUGGGCGCGCAGCGAAUGUUUCAAGGUCGAGCGCGGACUGCUGACGUUCGGCUGGGGCCGCUGGGAUGAGAUUCUGCAGCACAGUCAGUUUCGUCGCGGUUGGCGCGAGGUCGACGUUGAGGAUUGCGCUCGCGUCAUUCUGCUUUACUGCCUACGCUAUUAUCGCGGCGACGAGAAGAUCCGUAGCUUCAUCUGGGAUCUCAUCACGCCCAUCGAGAACGGCGAGAAGGUGAAGAGCGUCUCAGUGAACACCGGCGGCAGGAACAGUCGGCAGAAGAAGAAGGGCCGUGUCCGCGAGGGCCGAGAGACCCGGGGAUCAGUCAUCAACGGCGGACCGAGCGAUCCCAAUCAUUGGAGCAACGCGGAGAAAUUCGAUGGGGACAUCUUCCUCGAGAGCAACUACAGGAAGCAUCUCAGCCGACACGCCAAUAAAGUACUGUUGCGUGUACGAAUGUUGUAUUACAUCAAACACGAGAUUAUCGGCGACCUGGUCCAGCACAUAUCCGAUGGCGUUCACGUCAGUGCGUUGCCGAUAGACCCUCCACAGUUGACGGAACGACCGGCGAAAUGGUGGGACUCGACAGCAGAUAAAUCCUUAAUAGUCGGCUGCUACAAACACGGCUAUGAGAAUUACGACCAGAUGAGGACUGACCCCGCGCUUUCUUUCAUUACAAGCUGUCCUCCCCCUUUCCAGAACUCUCAGAACAAGAGUACCGCCGACAGCAGCAGCAGAGACGAUAACAGUCUGGAGAACGAUGUGGAUGAUGGCGAGUCUCCCGGAAUGACGAAAGACUCGAAGGACUCUGACAAAUUCAGCCGAGAAACACCGGCGGAUUCCCCUGCUAUCUCGAGUAAAGCGGAUACGCCGAUACCGGAGGCCAGCAGCAGUCAUGAUGGCAACGAUGGUCUUCUCCCGGAUGACGAGAAGACUUGGCCGUCUGUGGUAGAUCUUAAUACACGACUGCGUCGCGUGAUAUCCUCCUAUCAACGAAGCGUUAAUAAAAAGGAGGACAUUAAAGUUAUUCCGAAAGCCGGAAAGAUGGGAAUGGAGGGCGAAACCGCUUCUAUAAAUCAUACCAGUAUGAUGCACGAACCGCCCUUGAAUAUGCAAGGAUGGGAUUUGCAACAAUUAGCGAUGUAUCUCUUGGUCAGUAAGAUGGAGAAAAGAGAAAAAAUGGAGGCCAUAGUGAAGGAACGUGAACGUACUCGUAUCGAGGAACAAAAGGCGAAGUGGACCCGCCGCGAGGAGAGCGAGUUCUUGCGGGUGGUGUCUACGUACGGCGUCAAUUACGACAGGAAGAAGGCCCAGUACGACUGGACCAAGUUCAAGAGUAUCGCUCGAUUUGACAAGAAGACGGACAACGAUCUCACGGACUACUACAUGUCGUUUAGAGCAAUGUGCAAGAAAGUUUGCAACGCAAAAUUGAACGAAGAGGAAGAUUUUACAGAUGUUCCAGUGGAUCAGCUGAGUCCUGCCAAAGCAAGACAAAUACUCGAUCGCGUCGAUCUCUUGAGCAAGAUUCGCGAGGAGAUCCUGUCGCAUCCGCAUCUCGAGGAACGACUUUCGUUGUGCCAACCCUCAGGAGAUACGCCGGAUUGGUGGCAGCCGGGGAAACACGACAAGGAAUUGUUACUCGGAGCGGCGAAGCAUGGUCUCGGGCGUACCGACAUAACUAUACUGAACGAUCCGGACUUUUCGUUUCAUAAGCUUCUUACGAGAGGAAUGUAUGCGAGCACACAGACUCCUAAAGUAAUAGACAAAUCCGAGAAAGCGAUAAAGAUCGAGAGUAGAGAAGAUAUUUUGAAGUUCGACAAGGACGAGAUACUCGUGAAACUCGAGAAAGGCGAGGGAACUUUGAAGAUUGAAAAAGUUGGGGCGAAAAAGGACAAAGACCAAAGUAUUACCGAUAAAAAGCCUGAAAACGCGGAGCCUGAGAAAAGCCAAGUGGAAUUGACUAUCGUCAAAACGGAGGCUAAACCCGAAGAGAAACCCAUCAGUAGUUCGUUGACGAUCACUACCGUUGCGAGAACGGAUGUGGACAACGUCGUUGUAAAGAGCGAGGAGAAAAGCGAGUUAGCGAUAGAGCCAGUUAAAUGCGAUAGUACCAAAGCCAAUCAGACAGGCACUGCCAAGUCGGCCGAUGAGACGACCGCGAAGGAGGCCAGUUCAGAGAGCGCGGAGAGUCCUGCUGUUGUAGAACUCGAGAAGGAGGACAAGGUUCAGGAAAAAGAUGCUAAACAUGAAGCCGAACCCGCCGAGAAACCGGACGAGUCGCAAGCGCAAGACGUCGCGACGGAAACAGUCGAAAAAAGUGAGGCAGAAAUUAAGGAGACGGUCGAAAAUGUCGAAAAGAGCGCUGAGACUACCGAGCCCGCUGUCGAAGAUGAUAAUAAUAAAACCGUAAAGCCGGAUAACGCACCGGUUAAAGAAGAGGUCGAGACGCAAGAAACAAAAAGUUCGGACGUUACCAAGGAGAAAGCAGCAAAGGUUCCUCAGAUCGAGGAUAAGUGCAGCGUCCAGGCCGCGGAAUUGAAGGCGAUGUUCCCGGACCUAGAGGUGAUAAAACCGUUGUUGGGGCGACUGCCGCAGAUCGAUACGUACGUUUUACGAGACAAACAGGCAGAUUAUAAUAACGAACCUACAGUGAUGCAACUCUUGGCGCACGGCUGCACUAAUACAUCAAUAAAGUGGCCGAAGGAGCACGCGAUCGAAGCUCGUUUAAUGCACAUCGUGCACGCGAUAGAACACAAAGAAUGGCCGGUGUCGGUGAACUUCAGUGCCGGCGAGGAGCUGGAGCUUGCGCAAAACGAGAAGGAAUGUUCAGAAGUGAUAACAAUCACUACGGAUCAUGGGGUGUCCAGAUCUAUAGCGAGUGGCAAUAACAUCUCUGCUUCAAAGAAACGCAAGAGGCAUAUCGCCAUAGAUGUAGAGACCGAGCGAGCCAAGCUUCACGCGCUUCUCAACAGCAGUCACUUAAGUGCGCCGUCGUCCGCACCUCUCAGUAAACCGGUUGUCCUCUCCGGCUCAACCACUUGGGAGAUUAACGACGAAUCUCAGUCCGAGGAAUCGCGACGCUCCACGCCGGUUCAGCCACCCCCAGCGCACCAACAAACGCGAACGCCGAAUAUGCCCUUCGACUUGAAAUACCCCGUUCCGGGCAAAACAACCGUUAUACCUGGGACGUCGAGUACUUUGACGCCUAUCGAUCUAUCCGCUGGAUAUCCGAAGUCAAGCUCUGAUAGUAACAAGGACAUGAUGAACGAGGUACAAGACUUCUCUAUGCCAAAUAAGAAUAAACAAGUCAGCAGCAAUAAAGGGAAAUUGGAUAGUAUGCUGGACAAACUCAUGAAAAGGAAAUCUUGCCCAACAGAGGAACCGGUGGUUGGGAAGGAAAAAAAGCGCAGGAAGUUGGAUGAAAUAGUGUUGGGAUUGAGUGCCGCGAAGGAGCAACAGAGUGGUCAUUAUCUCGAGCACGGCAAGAAGAAUACGAUUACGCCCAACGUAACUGUCACUCCGACAUCAGCGCCGAUCGGUCUUCCCAACCCCCCAACCUCCAGUGUCCAGAAACCGUUCUCUAUUACCGUUACAUCGAUUCCGUCUUCUCGAGCUUCGAGUUCCUCUACAUCCGUUUUACCGCCGCCAUCAUUGCAUUCGCACAAAGAUACCUUCUCCGCUUUGCUGGCUCAGGCCGAACAGCAAAAUCGUGAAUUGAAGAAACAGCAGCAGCAACAGCAACAGCAUCAACAGCAGCAACAGCAGCAGCAACAACAACAACAACAACAACAACAACAGCAGCAGCAGCAGCAGGCGUUCAAUUCGGCGCACCCGUCUUCCUCGAGCAGCAGUCACCGAAAGAGUUACGAGGCAAUGAUCGCGGACAUCAACAAAGUCGCCGAGUACUCGUCAAAGAUCGGCUCAUUUUCGCACGAGGCGAAGGUGAACAAGUGGCUGGCAGAGCAAAGUGCGAUGUCGGAGCAAUUGAGUGCAGAAUAUUUAAAUGCCCCUCGACGACGCAGGCCGCGCGUCGAUCCGUCCUUGUUGGAUUGGAAGAAACUCACCGGUGAGGAGAAUGUUGCUGUUAUCAACCGAUUAACUGGCAAGAAGGUAACCGGAAGUAAAGCGCCUCAGUUGAAACGACUCGGAACAUGGCUAAUGGAGAACCCAAUGUUCGAUGUUGAUCCGAAGUGGGCGGAACUUGUGAAGGAACGCGGCAAUCUUCCGCAUGAUCUGCAGAAGAGACUAUCGGGUAAUGAGCGCAGCGGCGUGAAUAAGGGCAAGAGUCCGGGCAGACCGCCCAUGAUGCCCAGCCCUACGAGUCAACAGUCUGCGAAUACCGCUAAUCUGGCGGCCACGUCAAUGGCGUCUGGUCUCAACUUCCCGCUCGGCAAUUUAAAUAACUCUCUCUUGUCGGGCCUAUCGCUCGGCAAUUUCGACCCGAAGAAUCCACUGCUGAUGCCAUUCGGCGGUCUGACGAACCUGGGCGCGCUUGGCGGCCUCGGUAACCUCGGCAACUUGGGCAACAUGAGCCUAACGAAUUCGCUGUUCGCCAAUCUGGCCGGACUGGGUCUGCCGUCGUUAGCGGGCAUGGAGGCGGCAUUGAACGCUCAAGCAGCAACCAGCAGCGCGGCGGCGGCAGCGGCGGCGGCAGCUGCGGACGCGAAUAAUCCAAUUGUGAGUUCAGCGGCUGGCAGUAGCAGCAAGAACACCUGCUCUUCGAGCAUGAGCGGCAGUGGUGGAGGUGGCGGUGGUGGCAGUAGUAGUAAAUCGCGCAGUAGCAAAUUGGAUCAGCCAACGACCAGCAAAUCUUCGAGCGGUGGUCCGUCGACUUUGUCCGCUGUUUCGUCCGCGAGUAUGCCGACUCCCUCACCGUUCCCAUUUCUCUUCACGAAUCCCAGCCUUCUCUACACGCCGCUAACCCUAAGCGGCCUGAAUCCGUUCUCCAUGCAGUCUAGCGGCGUGUCGUCGGCCUACGAGAGUCUCGCUCAAUGUGGUCUGCUGAAUCCACCGACAUCUACCGCCUCCACGGUGCGCAAGCCCACCUCGUCUAGCAGUUCCUCUAGACAGCGUGAGGCCGCACCGGAAUCCUCGACAUCCUCGUCAUCGUCGUCGUCGUCGACAACAAAACGGAAGGAGCCCGAGAAGAAGUCAUCUAGAUAUCAGGUAGAUCCAGCCGUGACUCUGCAACAAUACACGGAUAUGGCGGCGUUGCACGGCAGUGAGGAGAGACGCCGCGCCGAGCAACAGCAGCAGCAACUGCAACAGCAACAGCAGUCGCAGUCGCAGCAGCAACACGAGAAGCGAGAAAUAGCGAUAACGGAACAGGCCGAUGUGGUAGCGGCGGAUCUGUCGGAGAAGAAGACCGAGCGGAAGAGCAAGGAGCAAGAGAUGAAAGAGGCUCUGGAGCAUCUAAGCAGGACUAGCGCCGAACUGGUUACGCGGAACAUCGACGACGCUCCAAGAUCCGAGAAGCCGUCCAGUAAAAACCGCAGCAGUACGGACAGCAAUCAAAAUUCUGACCAGCAGCAUCAACAGCAACAACGAUCGACGCCGUCGGCGCCACCGCCACUUGAGGUCACCUUGGAACCCGUUGCGAAAAAGGCCCGCAUCGAAAUGGACACGAGCACGAAAUCGACCGCGUCGAGUAGCGAAGUGCCGACGGUGGAGAUCGAAGCGGUCACGAGACCGUCGCCGACAACUCCGACGAAAGCAACGCAACAGCCCGCAUCUUCGCAGGAGGAGGCAUCCAGCGUCCCGUCCGUGGAAGCGAACACGGCCAAGAAGGAUGCGAACGAAGCAACGACAACUACGACGUCGUCGUCGUCAUCAUCGUCGUCUACGAACGCGACGUCGCCAUCGACGCAGAAUACCGCCGGCGCGAAGAGCGACAGCGGUAAAGUCGCCGUUCCAGAAGCGGAGGAGGAUGGCAAGGGCGGUACCAAGGCGGCGCCAAAGAAGGCACGUAGCGGCAAACGAAUGAGCGUGGAACCACCGCCGGAGCGUAAGAAUCUUCGUUCGAGCGCCGGUAGACAGGCUCGGGCGGCUGCGGAACGACAGGCGCGAAUGGAGGGUGAGAUGCAGCACUCCGAGCAGCAGCAGCAGCAGCAGCAGGACGGACACGUGGCCGGCGAGUGAGUCACGAGGUCUCGUCGGGCUGCUGUCGCGAAACGAUAAGCACCGACAAACCACACCGAAAGCACCCUGACGGGCGAUCCGACGGAAGGAACUCGAUGGACCGGCCGCGGUCCACGUUUUCUUUUUCUACUCCCUGAUUUGACACUGCUCGCACAACGAAGAUCUGUAUGUAGAUAAUUCCCUGUUCGACGCUAGCAAGCGCGGAAGUGUAAGGUGUUGUUUCUAAAUGAAUCGCGACGAGAAAUGCGAGUGCAUCGAAAGGGGGCUACAGACAUUGGUAGAAUCUACCGUAGCCUUCGGUUCGGGUCUUGGAUGAUAAAAAACGUGUGAAUAAAUUGGGACUCCCUCCAGUCCGUGGGAGAUGUAUUGUUAAUCAUUGGACAGUGUGUGUGACAGUGCACGUUUAUUGAAUUGAAAGAAAAAAAAAAGAGAGAAAAUCUCUUAAAUACGAAGGCUGCGAUAGUAUUUUAUCACUCGAUACUUUGUGUAGUAAUUAAUUUUUAAUUGCGUAAUUAUGAUACAAUAAUAAAGGUAUAGUUUUGUUAAAUUUAUUAUCUACUAUCUCUUAUUGGUUUUGACCAGGGACUGUUUUAUAUAAAAAUAUAUAUAUACAUAUAUAUAUAUAUUAUAAAAUUGUGUACUCGCUACUGCGCAUAAAGCAAUUUACAAGCAAGGAACGCAAGACGGAAUAUAAUCGUAAUGUAGAGAAAAAAAUAACUACAGUAAUAACUUAAUAAAAAAAAGAAGGAAAAAUGUAAAUAUUAUAUACAAUUACGCCUAUAGAGACAGUAAGCAAUCGUGUACUUGGAAAAGAAAAAUGUAUAUAACGCAGUGUACUUUUAAUUACAUUAGGUGAAACAAUAAACAGCUUCUUUUGUUGUUUGCAAAUACCAAG